AUGGGGCUGGUGUCCCGCGGCGCGGCCGAGUCGCGGCUGGGGCCCGGGAGCGCCGGCGUCCGCCCUGGGAGCCACCGGUUGCCCAGCAUGGUCCUGAAGAUCUUCUUCCCCACGUGCUGUGUCUCAGCUGACAGUGGCCUGCUGCUUGGGCGCUGGGUCCCUGAGCAGAGCAGUGCCGUGGUCCUGGCCAUCGCACACUUCCCCUUCAUCCCUGCCCAGGUCAAAGAGCUGCUGGCCCAGGUGCAGCAGGCCAGUCGGGUGGGCCUGGCUGUGCUGGGCACCUGGUGCCACUCCCGGCAGGAGCCCCCCGAGAGCCUGGGCCGCUUCCUUGAGGGGCUCAGUGCCAUCUUCACCCACGAGCCCUGGUUGUGGCUGGGUCGGGAGCAGGCCGGCAAGGCUUGGCACUGCAAGGCUUCCCGCUGGUCGGCGGCCGUGGGUGAGGACCAAGUUCUGCUGGUCUUCUAUGACCAGCGCCAGGUGCUGCUUUCUCAGCUGCACCCACCAGCUGUGCUGCCGGACCGCCAGGCGGGGGACGCCAUGCCCAGCGUCCGGGGCCUGGCCGUUGUCUUCGACACAGUGGCGCGCAGCGAGCUGCUUUUCCACUGUGACCGCUUCGCUGAAGGCCCUGUGCGGCUGAGCCACUGGCAGUCAGAGGGCGUCGAGGCCAGCAUCCUGGUGGAACUGCUGCGGCGGGCCUCGGGGCCUGUGUGCCUGCUGCUGUCCUGCCUGCUGUCCCUGAUAGCGUCCUUCAGCACCUGUCGGGCAUCCCGGCUGUGGCCCGUGUCCUUCCUCACGAGCAAGCUCUCCACGUGUGAGCAGCUACGACACCGGCUACAGCACCUAACACUCGUGUGCAGCACCCACAAGGCCGAGGAACCCGCCCAGCGGAUGAGGAAGGCUGACAUGCUGGUCUCCAUGCUGCUGGACGUGGUCCUUGGCCUCACCCUGCUGUCCUGGCUCCAUAGGGAGAACCGCAUCGGGCAACUGGCCGAGGCACUCGUCCCUGCUGCCGACCAUGUGGCCGAGGAGCUGCAGCACUUGCUGCAGUGGCUUAUGGGUGCGCCUGCAGGGCUCAAGAUGAAUCGUGCACUGGACCAGGUGCUGGGUCGCUUUUUCCUGUACCACAUCCACCUGUGGAUCAGCUACAUCCACCUCAUGUCGCCUUUCAUCGAGCGUAUCCUGUGGCACGUGGGCCUCUCAGCCUGCCUGGGGCUCACGGUCGCUCUGUCCAUCCUGUCGGACCUCAUUGCCCUGCUCACCUUCCACAUCUACUGCUUCUAUGUCUACGGGGCCAGACUCUACCACCUCAAGAUCUGCGGCCUGUCCUCCCUCUGGCGCCUCUUCCGCGGGAAGAAGUGGAACGUUCUGCGGCAGCGCGUGGACUCCUGCUCCUACGACCUUGACCAGCUGUUCAUUGGGACUUUGCUCUUCACCAUCCUCCUCUUCCUGCUGCCCACCACGGCCCUGUACUACCUCGUGUUCACCCUGCUCCGGCUCCUGGUGAUCGCUGUGCAGGGCCUUAUCCAUCUGCUGGUAGACCUCAUCAACUCCCUGCCAUUCUACUCGCUGGGCCUGAGACUGUGCCGGCCCUACAGGCUGGCAGCCGGUGUGAAAUUCCGCGUCCUGGAGCCCAUGGCCGGUAGGCCCCUCCGCCUCCUGAUGCAGGAGCCCUGUGAGCUGAGUACAUUGUGGGGUGCAGCCCACCUGCUGAGCCCUUCCUGUCCUUCCAGACCAACCCGCUGCCCUACAGCCACGUGGUGCGCAUCUACCGCCUGCCCAGCUGUGGCUGCCACCCCACGCACUCCUGGGGCGCCCUGUGCCGCAAGCUAUUCUUUGGGGAGCUCAUCUACCCCUGGAGACAGAGAGGGGACCAGCAGGACUGAGGGAAGCCCUACAGCUGGCGCUCCUGACCGGGCCCUGCCCAUGGCACCUGGGUGGCUUGCAGGAUGUGGUGUGGGCAGAAGCCCUGGUCAGCCUGAACUGCCUGGGUGGGGGCUGAAACAGCCAUGGAGAACGCUGGAGCACAUGGGUUUGGGUGCUCUCUGACAUCAGUUUGUGACAGCCAGGGUAUGUGGUUGGAGCCGCCUCAGGAGGCCAGCUACCCCUAGCUGGCUGCCCAGUGCCGCCCAGACCUCUGGGAAUGGGCCGAGCUUCCCUGUCAUCGCCUGUCCAGGGCAGACGAUCCUGUGGCAGGGCAGCUUGGGGGGAUGGCCCAGAGAUGCCAAGGCAGGGGCCUGCACUGUGGGCAUGAGGACACCACUGUGGCCCUGUGUCCCCCGUGGUGACAAUAAAACCUUCUGUGUGUGCA